GCCGUGGCAGCAGUCGCAGCGGCUCCAGCCUCCUGCUUGCUCACUCGUUCUCAGUGCCCGGAGCCGGCUUCCCGGCUCGGGGCGGUUCGCAGCUCCCGCUCCUGCCUGGGGACCUGAAACCGCUCCGGCUCCGGGGGAUAGGAUCGUGCGACUGGCUGGCCCAAGCCCUGGGCGCGCCGUGGAAGCAGGGCCUGAUGGCGCCGUCCACGGUGGGCCUCCUUGUUGUCUUCCUUCUGCAAGCGGCUCUCGCUCUGAACCCUGAGGACCCCAAUGUGUGUAGCCACUGGGAGAGCUACGCCGUGACCGUGCAGGAGUCUUAUGCACACCCCUUUGAUCAGAUCUACUACACACGAUGUGCAGACAUCCUCAACUGGUUCAAGUGUACCCGGCACCGGAUCAGCUAUAAGACGGCAUAUAGGCGCGGCCUCCGGACCAUGUACCGGCGGAGGUCCCAAUGCUGCCCUGGCUACUAUGAGAAUGGAGACUUCUGCAUUCCUCUGUGCACCGAGGAGUGUAUGCAUGGCCGCUGCGUCUCCCCGGAUACCUGCCACUGUGAGCCUGGAUGGGGAGGCCCUGACUGUUCCAGUGGCUGUGACAGCGAGCACUGGGGUCCCCACUGCAGCAACCGGUGUCAGUGUCAGAACGGCGCCUUGUGCAACCCUAUCACCGGCGCCUGCGUAUGCGCCCCCGGCUUCCGAGGCUGGCGCUGUGAGGAAUUCUGCGCGCCCGGUACUCACGGCAAGGGCUGCCAGCUGCUCUGUCAGUGCCACCACGGCGCUAGCUGCGACCCGCGCACUGGCGAGUGCCUCUGCGCACCAGGCUACACCGGCGUUUACUGUGAGGAGCUGUGCCCCCCUGGGAGCCAUGGAGCUCACUGUGAGCUACGCUGCCCCUGCCAGAACGGAGGCACCUGCCACCACAUCACUGGCGAGUGUGCCUGUCCUCCAGGCUGGACGGGAGCAGUGUGUGCCCAGCCCUGCCCACCAGGGACCUUUGGCCAGAACUGUAGUCAGGACUGUCCCUGCCACCAUGGAGGCCAGUGUGACCAUGUGACUGGACAAUGCCACUGUACAGCUGGAUACAUGGGGGACAGGUGCCAAGAAGAAUGUCCCUUUGGAACUUUCGGUUUCCGGUGCUCUCAGCGCUGUGACUGCCACAAUGGAGGUCAAUGUUCACCAGCCACAGGUGCCUGUGAGUGUGAACCUGGCUACAAGGGCCCUAGCUGCCAGGAACGGCUAUGCCCCGAGGGCCUGCAUGGCCCAGGCUGCACCUCGCCCUGUCCCUGUGACACUGAGAACACUAUCAGCUGCCAUCCAGUCACUGGAGCUUGUACCUGCCAGCCAGGCUGGUCUGGCCACUACUGCAAUGAGUCCUGCCCUGCCGGCUACUAUGGCAAUGGUUGCCAGCUACCCUGCACCUGCCAGAACGGCGCUGACUGCCACAGCAUCACUGGGAGCUGCACUUGUGCUCCAGGAUUCAUGGGAGAGGUGUGUGCCGUUCCCUGUGCAGCAGGGACCUAUGGUCCCAACUGUUCAUCUGUAUGUAGCUGUAGCAAUGGCGGCACCUGCUCCCCUGUGGAUGGCUCCUGCACCUGCCGAGAGGGGUGGCAGGGCCUGGACUGCUCCCUGCCUUGUCCCAGUGGGACCUGGGGCCUGAACUGCAAUGAGAGCUGUGUCUGUGCUAAUGGGGCUGCCUGCAGCCCCUUUGAUGGCUCCUGUGCAUGUACCCCAGGCUGGCUGGGGGACUCCUGCGAACUGCCCUGCCCGGAUGGCACGUUUGGGCUGAACUGCAGUGAGCACUGUGACUGCAGCCAUGCUGAUGGCUGUGACCCUGUCACAGGCCACUGCUGCUGCCUGGCAGGAUGGACAGGCAUCCGCUGUGAUAGCACAUGUCCUCCAGGUCGCUGGGGCCCCAACUGUUCAGUGUCCUGCAGCUGUGAAAACGGAGGAUCCUGUUCCCCAGUGGACGGGAGCUGCGAGUGUGCCCCUGGCUUCCGAGGACCCUUGUGUCAGAGAAUCUGCCCACCAGGAUUCUACGGCCAUGGCUGCGCCCAGCCUUGUCCUCUCUGCGUGCACAGCAGGGGGCCCUGCCAUCACGUCAGUGGCAUUUGUGAGUGCCUGCCAGGAUUCUCUGGAGCCUUGUGCAACCAAGUGUGUGCUGGAGGGCACUUUGGGCAGGACUGUGCCCAGCUCUGUUCCUGUGCCAACAACGGGACCUGCAGCCCCAUUGAUGGCUCCUGUCAAUGCUUCCCUGGAUGGACUGGCAAGGACUGCUCACAGGCCUGCCCAUCUGGGUUCUGGGGCUCUGCCUGCUUCCACACAUGCAGCUGCCACAACGGGGCGAGCUGCAGCGCCGAGGAUGGGGCCUGCCACUGCACCCCUGGCUGGACCGGACUCUUCUGCACGCAGCGUUGCCCUGCAGCAUUUUUUGGGAAGGAUUGUGGGCACAUAUGCCAGUGUCAGAAUGGAGCCAGCUGUGACCACAUCACUGGGAAAUGCACCUGUCGAACAGGCUUCUCUGGGCGCCACUGUGAACAGAGAUGUGCCCCUGGAACCUUUGGAUACGGGUGUCAGCAGCUAUGUGAGUGCAUGAACAAUGCCACUUGUGACCAUGUCACUGGUACCUGUUACUGCAGCCCGGGAUUCAAAGGAAUCAGGUGUGACCAAGCUGCCCUCAUGAUGGAUGAGCUGAAUCCAUACACCAAGAUCAGUCCAGCUCUGGGAGCAGAGCGGCACUCGGUGGGUGCUGUCACAGGCAUCAUCCUCCUGUUGUUCCUGGUUGUGGUGUUGCUGGGCCUGUUUGCCUGGCGACGGAGGCGGCAGAAAGAGAAAGGCCGUGACCUGGCUCCUCGAGUCUCCUACACCCCAGCCAUGAGGAUGACCAGCACAGACUACUCUCUCUCAGAUUUGUCUCAAAGUAGCAGCCAUGCCCAGUGCUUUUCCAAUGCCAGCUACCACACACUGGCGUGCGGGGGGCCUGCCACCAGCCAGGCAAGCACUCUGGACAGGAACAGCCCCACCAAGACUCCCAUUUCCAGAUCAGUGCCCUGGAGGCCAGGUACCCGCCCGAGGACUUCUACAUUGAACUUAGACACCUCAGCCGCCAUGCUGAGCCACACUCACCAGGCACUUGUGGAAUGGACAGACGUCAGAACACAUACAUUAUGGACAAAGGCUUCAAAGAUUACAUGAAAGAAUCUGUGUGCAGUUCUAGUACUUGCUCCUUGAACAGCAGUGAAAACCCUUAUGCCACAAUUAAGGAUCCACCCAUCCUCACCUGCAAGCUUCCAGAAAGCAGUUAUGUAGAAAUGAAGUCACCUGUGCACAUGGGGUCUCCGUACACAGAUGUGCCAUCCUUGUCAACAUCUAAUAAAAAUAUAUAUGAAGUUGGUAGGUGUCUCACAUAACUUAGCAAAAUCAGGGCAACAGUGCAGCAUCUCAAGUGAAAACAAGCCCUCCUCCACUCACUCUAUCUCCAUAAAACACCCUCUGUUCCGUUGCAUUUGAAGGAACCUGAGGAGAAACUCUGUCCCAGGACUGCCCUUCCCUCUAAUGCAGGAAACCAAAAUCUUGUGCCACCCUGCUUACAAAUCACAACUGAUAAGCAGUAGAAACAGUGAGGGUGGAGAACCAGUAUACAACACUUCAACUAUUGUUAAUACAAAUCCAAGGUUGAAAAAGAAAACAAUCAGAACAGCUGUUUACAAGUUUCUAAAUCACUUCUUACACCUCCCCCAGUUUCAAUUAUGAUCCUAGAUGCAGUCAUAAGACCCACACCUCUAGGACGUCUUGAAUCUCUUGUUGAGCAGAGACUGGGAUUCUGACAGUACACUGUCUUAGGUUUUUCCAUCUCUUGAGCAAGCCUUCAUUCUAAUCCCGUAUUUCUCAGAAGUAUACGUAUACCCACAGUUCUUUUCCCCAACAAGUUGAAUAGAACCUUCUUCCCUCCCACCAAGACAACAAGCUAAUCUAUUCUCUGAACUCAUUUUUCACUAUAUUCCCUAGAGCCCACAGUCAGUGUGGUCCAAGAAGGCCGAGGUCAUAACUCCAGCUAUAUCCAGAAUCCAUACGACCUACCUAGGAACAGCCAUAUUCCUGGUCACUAUGACCUCCUCCCAGUAAGACAGAGCCAUGCCCAUGGGCCCUCCCAGGACAAGCAGUAAGAGGGAUACGCUUCUCUCUUAGUGUGCUCUGCUGACUAUUUUCUGACUCUGAAAGAAGACAAUCCAAGACUUGAAAUAUCAGUACAGAUUGCCUUGAGCUGUGUGUUAUUAGUUCCUUCACUGGAUUGAAAGAAGCACUUCCAAAUGGGGUUGGGGUAACUGUUCAAGAAAGUCUGUUGUGCACAAAGGCAAAUCCUAUCAACCUUCAGCCCUAAAUGCCCUGGAUAUGAUUUUUAGAACAUUUAAGAUGCCACUGUUCAUCAACAUCAGCUAAAAGAUAUGUAUUUAAUAUUCUGAAACAACACUUAAGAGCAUGUAGCUUAGGUUCUGCAAACCUUCCUAGGAGGAAAAGGACACUGGGGACGGGAGGGGCACUUUAGAGGACCUGAAAUGUAUAUGUGCUGUUGAUUGCUGUUAUCCUCAGCAUCUGUUUCAGUAUCUAAGGGAAUUGGUAUGAGGACAUGAACUGUUCUAAUAUUAAUCGCCAAGUCUGUGUUCAUCUAGGUAUGGCCCAUCGAAUUCUAAUAGCAACGGUAAGAGUUCAAAAUAUAGCCGAAUUCUUUAAUAAAGACAGGAUCACUUUCUUUUGCCCUAUCACUGAUAUCAGGCAAAACAGAAAGGGGAAGGGGGUGGGGAGGGGGGAAGUAAAAUGUUUCAAAAAAGCAGUUUCAUCUACUCUAGAAUGAUUUCUAUGUCAGCUGUACCAAAUUUUGCCAAGUCAAAGUUCAAGAAUGAUGAAUGGCAGUCCUGGCCUGGCUGCGCUGCUUUGAUUCACCCAACACCUGAGUCAAUGUGUGUGCACCAGAGAACCAAGACGCUAUUUUAAGAAAGUGGUCACAGGGCUGGGAAUAUAGCUCAGUUGGGAGAGGCCUUGCCUACUGAGAUCACCAGCAUCGUAAAAAACAAAAAAAGCUUAGGCUUAUAAGAAUGAAGUUUCCCCAACAACACUAUUUGGAUCACUCAAGUUACUUAGAGUUCCUUGACUUGUUUAUGAGCAGUUCUUCAUAGAUGGUGCCAAUGUAGUGUGGGACCUAAAGGUGUAGAAGAAAUUACACAAAUGUGGGCAAGGCAAGCUUAUGUUGCUUAGCAUAUAUUAUGUUUUCGAUGCAACUAAAUGAAGUAAAUAUAAAACAAAAACAAAAAGACGUAAAAGUCCACUGCCUGAGAUGGGCAAAUAUGUAUUCCACUAGUUGGUGCUUUCAAUCUCCUAUUCAGAUGAGUCCAUAACUUCCACUGCACGGGUAACAGCCGGAAAACUGAGGCUUGGACAAUUCUGAACGGCUAAUCCCCAAGUCCUAUAGGACCUCUUCACAGGAAUUAACAACAGAAAGGGCAAGCUGCAAGUUAAUGGCCACUUUUGUGCCAUCCCAUGUUCGUAAGAGGAGUAAGUCUAGAGCCAGUAAAAACUACUUAAAAAGGGUUUACGGAAGAGGGACUAGAAGACUGUAAAGCUAGAUACUGCUACAGGAAGUGGGGAUGAUAACCUUAGUUUGUGUAAUAAUCAGCAAAAGAAAGAAAAUAAAUAUAUGAGCAAAUCUCUUUGCUCACUUCACUCAAGGCCUAAGCCAGUAUUAGCAUUAGAGGAACACAUACAUGAAUGCUGCAUGUGUGCAUGGAAGCAAAUGAUCAGCAAUAGUAAACUUUCCCAAAAGCCUUAUUAAAAUAGAACAUUAGGAAAUUACUCGUAGACCUAAGUUAAUACUUCUCAUACAUAUGUAUAAAGAAAUACAGUUAAGAAACUCACCUCAGUAUUUCAGGGCCACAAGUGCUCUAUUAUCUUUGCAAAGGAAGAAUGAAGAAGAAUGGCAAAAUCCAAGCAGCAAGGAGAAAUGGUGUCUCAAUCCCAGGCUUUGUCUUCUUCCCUUAUCCUGCACGCACAGUAACUGCUACCUGGCAAACUGCAACCAUGCGAAUUCCAAGUCUCACUUCUCUCUUGCCAACUACACUCUGCACGAAGUAUCCAGCAAGAGGUGAGAUGGCUAUAGCAUCAAGUCAAGAGAAGUUAGCACCACUCUUGUUAAGUCACUUGCCCUCUCCGGGCGCCUUUAUUACCCACACAUGAAAGAAGAGAGACAGAGAGUGGGAGCAGAGCGCUAACAACUCUCCAAGUGUAGCACUACAUUUCAAGUACAUAGUUCAGUCAGGCAUACAGAGGAGAAGGGGAACGGCAAAGACGUGAUUAAGUAUGGUGACAGCAGCAGCCUUCACAUAGCUAAGAGUUAGCACUAGGACAUUUCGAUCAUGCAGAGCAACUGUUAGGAACUUCUAACAUUCACAAACAGAUUUGCGGUCAGCCUCAACACGUGUGCUGUGCAUUCUAUAGACGAUUUGGAAAGAUCUGCUCACUUAUUUUUCAAAAUGAAAUUUUCACUCCAGUAAAUUAAUAUGUAUACAAAUCAGACAAAGAAAACACAGUUACUGUACAAUAGUGUGAGAGACUAUGAAAUGGCAAUACUUUUUUAAACCACAGAUUUGUAAUAUAUUUGUUCACUGUGCAGAGGAUGUACCUUAUACAAAAUAAAAUGGAUUCUCAAACUAA